AUGGUGUACGCGACCAUCGACGUGCUCGUCUUGGACGCCCUACGCCACCUGCAGACCGUGGAGAGGAACAGCACGCUGAGGCAGUACACCUCGUGGAUCUACCACUACAACAGGUCGGAGGUGCGGUUCAUGAUCCGCACCAAGAACGAGCGGGACCUCAAGAACUGCACCGAUCGGCGUCGCGGAACCAUUGGCGAUACCUACACCGCAGAACAGUUCCGCCAGAUCAUGUUCAGGGUGCUGCCGACGUGGGCGGCUAAGGCUUGGAACCCGCGGGGUACGGGCCCGUCGCAGACGCUGUGGCGGUUUCUGCUGUUGAAGGUGCUCACGCUACUCUCCUACCAUUCUCUCCUGCGCGGCGCAAGCAUCCGCGAGAUCACGCUCCCCGACAUAUUCUUGUACCGACUGGCGAGCACCUCGUCGGUGAACCCGGAGAACCAGCCGGUCGUCAUGGUCAUCGCUGCGCGGAACUCGAAGGCGUCCAAGGAUGCGCGUUUGCAGCAGAGCUACGCUGCGCGGCACCUCAAAGUGGAGUUGUGCGCCGUCGGCGAGACGGGCCUGUGGUUGCACUUCAUCCUCGACCAGAUCGGCCAGUUUCACGGCAUCCGCCUCAUUCCGCCGGUGGACACCAGCACACGCGCGAGCUGGUACAAGAAGCACCUCUUCUUCGCUAAAAACGACACCGACCAAGGGGAGCCCUCUACGGUAAGCCACCAACGCUGUACGCGGCAGUUGUGGGACAAAAACGGGGUCUUCUGCAAGAGGUACGUGCACGCCGCUCGAGCCGGAGGGGCCCAGGAGCUGGCCAUCGACGGCACGCCGCGCGCCGAGAUCGCGGAGCUGGGUCACUGGGCGCUCGACAAGAUGACGCGAGCCGUCGACGACAUGCUGAAGACGGCGGAAGGGAAGGCUGCCGAGGGGUCCGAUGCCGACAAAGCCGCGGUGCACUUCUGGCGCACACUCGCGAUGUUGCGCCGCAUCGUCGCCGAGGACCUAGCGGUGAAGCUGGUCCGCACACCAUGGCACCCGUACGUCCAAGGCUCCCUGCUCUGCCGGAUCCCCCUCUUCCAGCAGAGGGCAAAACGGGUCGACACCGAGACGAUCAACAAGCGUCGGGACCCGACCCAAAUUCAGGCAGAAGCACGGAGAGUACCGGAGGCCCCGCCGUGUGCUACCGUGCAAUCUCCCAGCGAGGGUGGCUCGGCGGAUUCUGCCAACAUGGGAGCCGGCGCCGACGGAGGGGACGACAAACCCCCACCACCCCCACAGACGGACGAGGAGGCUAGUUACGAGCUCAACGUGGUACAACCGUGGCGGGAGGCCAAGACCGUGAGGGACGCCUGGCGCCUCUGGAACUCCAUCACCGCUAAUGACACCCGUCGGCUUUGCGACAGGAUCGCCGAGCCGGGGUUCAUCGACCGCCACACCCUCCUCGCCGGCGCGACGCAGGGUGCACUCAACAAGAGGGUGCGCCGCAUGCUGAAGGUCAUGGAUGCGGUGCGCCAGCUACGCGCGAGCGACGGCAAAGCCGACACCGAAGCCGUGGUCGACACACUGCACAGGAUCGCGGCAUCAGGCAUCAGGACCUUCGCCGAUGCCCUCACGGUGCUCAAACCGGGAACGUCACCGAUGUUGUCCAAAGAGGCUGGCAUGGGAGUCAAGGGGCUAGGCCCCAAGGUGGUCUCGAAGCUACGCCUCGCCUGUGCGCUUGUGGCGCUCAACCUGAAGCAGAGUGAUUGGGUCGAAACCUUGUUUUCAGACACGUGGGAGGAGCAGAUGCCGAAGACCAAGGCCGACCUGGCGAAGCCGACGGCACCGGCCAAGUCGACAGUACCGGCCAAACCGACCGCUCCGGUGCACCGUCCUCCGACCAAGCGGAAGAAGUCAGCAUGA